UCGCUUCAGUCAAUGAAAAUAUCCAGUUCACUAGCUGGGAAUUUUAACACCUCCUGUGACGUCGGCAGCGUCGCCCAAUGGCAUGUUGGGUAUCUUAUUGAUUACUUGGAAAAAUGGCAGGACUGUGAAAACAUAUGGACUGAACCGUCUGGAAAACUACAAUAUGAAAUUCACCUUCAUAUGUAUUGUCAUCGUUUUAUCAUGUAGUGUUUGUGCUUCCGGCGAUCUGGAAAUUUAUCCGGGUUUCAAAUAUGACUUGUCUUCUGAAGAACAACGACCGCGCUUGGAAUCGGAGGAAGAAGGUGUGUUGUAUGCUGAAAACUACCGUCGAUGGCCUUGGCAGGACGUCGAUGAUUGGAACAGAAAGAAGGAACAAGAAUUCGAUUUAGAGCUUCCAGAACUUCGAAAUUUAGAAAAACUGCUAGAUAGAAAUCAAAACGACGAUCUCCCGGCAUAUUACAACUCACGGCCGAGUUUUGACAAUGCCUACGACGAAUACAAACCCAUAGAAAAGCUACACAAGUUUGAUCGAUUCAACUUUAGAUAUCCAAACAGUCAAAUUCUGGACGAUGUUAGGCCCUAUCCACACGAAGAUGACUUUACUUUUGGAGAUGAGGAGGUCAAGGAGGAGAGGGAUUUAAAGCCUCAUGAGCCCCAAGAGAGGCACCAGCAUGAAGUUGAAUCAAUGGGGGACAACCAUCACCAUUCUAGUCACAUGGUGGUGAACACUGGUGAGAAGAAUAAUGAAGAGGCGUCAGGGAAAGGGGCGUUGGAGGAAGCCCCCAUAUUGGAAGACUUAAGUCAAUUUGCAUAUCUUCCUACUGAUGCUCGAUUUUUUCAGAAUACUGAAAGUGAUAACGGUGAUCAAAAAGUUAAAACGAAACUAGAGAAAAUCAAAGACAAUAAAAUACGUUUGAUUCAUAGAAGUGAUGAAGCAUUUGUGGAUGAAAUGGAUUCGUUCGGAAAAACAGAAAGUCGUGAGAAAAACGACCAAGUGAAAGUUGUCGCUGUUCAGCCUCAAGGAACUCCCAGAGAAGCAACCGGAGUUUACAUAAUUGGUGUUGUUGCUGGAAUUAGUGCUGCAGCUACUGUUGGACUCAUUGCUGUUGGUCUUGGGUGGUACAAUUUACAGAAACAUGUGAAGAACGCGUCAGAUGUGGAAUAUCCAGCUUACGGAGUCACAGGACCUAAUAAGGAUGCUUCACCAUCAGGCGACAGACGACUGGCUCAGUCUGCACAAAUGUAUCACUACCAGCAUCAGAAACAGCAAAUAAUAGCAAUGGAGAGCAGAGCUGCUGCAGGUGAAAGACACGGUUCAGUUUCGGAGGCAGACAGCGAUGAGGAAAAUGAAGAAGGAGAUUACACCGUAUACGAAUGUCCUGGCUUAGCUCCUACUGGGGAAAUGGAAGUGAAAAACCCGCUUUUCCAAGACGACCCAACACCGGCGCAAACACCACCCGUUAAGCCAAACGAAGAUGAAAAGAAAUAAAUCGACCACAAACAUUAUUCAAUAGUUUUAAGUCAUCGCCAAACUAAAAACCAACUUCCAAAUGGAUCGAUGUUUACGUCUCUGGACGCUAAACAUCAAUUCAUUGCAAAAGUUUGCAAAGAACGUGGCUGGAAGUUGGAAAACUGAGUUUUCCAAUUUUGAGUCCCAGUUGUGAGAAGACUUAAAAAUGUUGGAUAAGAUAAACUGUUUUUUCAGUUUUUAAUUUGAUUUGCUUACUUUUCUCUUAUGUACACAUGUAAUCAAAAUAAAUUAUUUUCUAGCAACCACAAAGGCGUUUUCUUUACUCUUUCUUUAAAUAAUUAUUUUGAUGACAAGUGUACGUUCUGGUUUUGUUUGCUGUUCCUUCAAGACUGAGGCAAAACACCUAAAAUAGGACAUAGGUUAAAUAACAUAUAUUUUUGCAAAAAAAUUAGAAUUUGUUCAUCGAUUUUUGAUGAUGCUUCGUCUGCCACGUUCACUAUCCCAGCCACUUUUCUAAAUAAAUGAAUGUAAAGAGAGUGAAGAGGACUGUGUACAUUUUUGUAUCAAUCCAUCUUAUGUUUUAGUUUUAUACACCUCGAUCUUUAUAUCUACCUUCUAGCAGUAUUUACCAAACAAGUCCAUCAAUUACUUAACUUGAAAAAAUAUAAAUAAUAUAAAAACAUUAUUGUAUAAAUGUUAGAGUUUAUUUUUCAAUGUAUAGUAUACCUAACGUUGAAUUGUUUAAAAUUGUAAAUUAUUUAAUAUAAAUAAAAUUAUCAUACCAAUAUCAAAAAUAGAGAAUAGUUAGAACAUAGAUUAGAAUGUAGGUCAAGCACCAAUGUUUGAACAAUCUACAGUUAUGAUUAAAUACGUUUACAAAACUCUAUACCUUGUAAACUGCACACUAUUUAUUUAUUACAAAAAAUAAAGUUUUAUUUUAAAAUA